UGCCACGUCGACAGGCUCUUGUCUCUGAGCCCCAGGCCAGACCUUGACGACUGGACCCUCCUUCCAUCCCAGGGCACCAAGUCAUGCCCUCCCCCGAGGGGAACAAACAGCAGUCCAUGGGUCUAGCUGCUGGCAUUCCCAGGCUGUCGGGUACGAGGUCCGUGUCCCUCUCUUGCUGAGGGAGAACGUGUGUCCCAGACGCAGGCCGAAGGGAGGGCUGUGUAUCUGUUUGCCUCCCUGAAUCAUUACCUGAGGGUAGUGGGGGAACAAGGCGUCCUGAGUACCACGGCCCAUUGUUUUUAAGCUCCCAGAUCACUUCGGAGCCUGUUUGAAAAAACAGCCUAUCCAGAGGCCAAAGUCUAGGGCACUGAUCAGCAGAUGACAUUGAAAGGAGACGUGCAGAUAGAAGGACAUGGGUUCCUCCUGAACUCUGGGCACCUCCAGACUCUCCUGUAGGCACACACUGUAGAUGCUGAUUUUCCACGUCCUUGGCACAGAUGUUUUACACCUGGGCCCCCAAAAGGCAAAGUUCUGGGGCUAUUUAGACCCACAUAAGAUGACAUGUGCACUCCCCUUUUAGACAAACAUCUGCCCACAGACAAGCUUAGUUCUGAUUUCAAUCUUUGGCUGCACCUUUUCUUAGGGGAUUUAAGUACUGUUGACAAGACCUGGGUGAAAUAUUUUGUACAAUUUUUGCAGGUAGAUGGAGACUGAAUUUCCACCAAUAGGCCAGAACUUCCAGGGACCUCCCAGGAGAACUUUCAUGCAGUUUAAGAACAUAAGAGCAGGCAUUCUAGGUCAGAGCAUGUAGCCCAGAGCCCUGUUUUCCGACUGUCAUGGGGUCUCUGCUCACACAGGACUGGUAGCCAGGUAGGCCUGUUACCUGCACAGCCUGCCCCUGAUAGGAGAUCUGGGGGGUAGCUAUAGAAUGAACCUUUCGGGUGGCCCUGCACUACCUGGAAUCUUAUGGGAAGAAAUGAAGAGAUGCCCUGGGCUGGGGGUGGGUGACACUGGGCAGUAGGGGAGGGUCUCUGCGCUUAGCUAUGUCAAAGACGGGAGACGAUACCUGCCCCUCCCACGGGUAGCCAUCUGGAGUGGAAGAGUCUGUGAUGUGGCAUCCAGCUGACACAAACGAGUGGGGGUAUCCCACAGCCGGCACCUGGAGGAAGAGCCAGGACGCAGAAAACAAUGCUAGCAGGCUCAUGGAAGGAGGAAAUUUGCCUCGUAGAGGCUUCUGCCCAGAAAGUGCGGUCACGCCCAGGAUAGAGGGAGGAGCGUCUGGAGCGGAUUAAACCAGAACCAGGAGCUGUAGGAAGCUGGGCAGGGCAGGCAGUGAGGGUGUGGAGAGGAAAGAACAGAGCUGCUGGGUUGAACGUCCCCCCACCCAGCCCUGGGGAAGCGGCCCCAGCAGGGCAGCGAAUGAGCAGAACCCUUGGGUCACUGUGGGAGGGAGAGAUUGGACCAGCCGCGCCCUGGCAGGGGAGCGCUGUGGGACUGGGCUGGCGGGCAGGGAACAGAGGAGAUUUGGUUCCGCAGUGGGUGAGGGGCUGCAGGGCAAAGCGAAAGAGAGGAUGGGAGAAAGGGAGCGGCAGUGAAAAAACCGUGGAGGAGAGGGGGCCUGACGCGCUAAACCCCAGGCUGAGCGGCGGAAGGCAUCAGACAAGAGGUGAGUGGAGCGUCCUGGGACUCCGCCUUGGUGGUGCCAGGUGCGUUGGAAGGCAGGAGCAGAACAAAGCAACGCUGAGGGGUCCUAUCAUCCCAUCCCAUCUUGGGGCAGCCUGUGUGUCCCUGCGCCUCCGAGCACGGGGCUCCCCUCCGGACCCUCUUGGCCAACAGCCAGCAAGGAACCUGCUCUCCCGGAACCGACCUAAUUCUUUUGUGAGCCCAGCUCUGCUUCUGGUCUGUGCACGUCCCCGGCAAUGAACUCCACAGGCUGCCUGAAUGGCAGGGGUGGGGGCGGGGAGGGGGCAGUUCCUCCCCUCUUUUUGUUUGAAACCUGCUGCCUAUUCAUUGCAUUGGAUGACCCCUGAUUCUUACAUUACAUGAAGGAUUAAACAACUUUUCUCUUAUUCACUUUCUCCAAACAGUCAUGAAUUUUUCCCCCUCAAUCAUCUCCCCCUUUGGUCGUCCCAUUUCUAAACAGAUCAGUUUUUCAUUUCUCAUGCUGCAACUGUUCUGGACUCUUACUUGUUUUGUUGCCCUUUUCUGAACCUUUUCCCAAUUAUAAAUUAUCUUUUAAUUUGUUUUUUGAGAUGUGGCAAACCAGACAGCCUGCAGUAUUCAACAUGCAAUCAUAUAAUGAAUUUAUAUUGUGCCUUUAUAAUAUUUGAUGUCUCAUCUGUUGUUUUCCUAAGGCUUCCUAGCAAUGUUUGCUUUUUAGACUGUUGCUUCAUAUUUAGUGGCUGUUUUCAGAGCACUAUCCACAAUGACUUUCUUGAGUACUAAUAGAUUAUUUGAAGCAUGCUUCAGCUACCCCAGACUAACACGGCUACAUCUCUACCACUAAUAGAUUAUUUAGAUCUCAGCAGUUUUAUUUGUGAUUAGGAUUGUGUGACAAUGUGCAUUUCUUCACACAUCACCACUGAAUUCCAUUUGCCAAUUUGUUCCCCAGUCACUCCAUUUUGUGAAUUCCCUUUGUAACAUUUCUCAGUCAGCUUUGGACUGCAUAUUUUGAUUAAUUUUCUAUUAUCUAGAAACUCUGCCACAUCAAAAUUUGCAAUGUUCUUUCAGGUUUCUUAUGAAUAUGUUGACCACCAUUGGUCUAAGUAGCAGUUCAAGUGGAUCCUGAUAUUUUCUUCUCCCCACUCUGAAAACAGACCAUUUAUUCUUUCCUUUUGUUUCCUAUCUUUUGACCAGGUACCAAUCCAUAAGAAGUCCUUCCCUUUUAUCCCAUAGCAGCUGACUGUGCUUAAGGGCCUUUGAGUGAGGGACCUUGUCAGAGGCUUUCUGAAAAAUCUAAGUACUCUGUCACUACUUGAUCAUCCUGGUCCACAUGGUGGUUGACCCCCUCAAAGAAUUCUAAUAGAUUGGUGAGAGUCCCCUGUCCAAGGAAGAAUGUUGAAGGGGGUCAAAAUAGGGCUCGGGAUCACUUUUGUCUUUCUCCUGGUCCUUGUCUAUAAACGUUCCCGGCUGCUUGGCUGCCUCUACUCAUGCGAGCAGAGUCAUGAGCCAUUGCCGAUGCAAGAGGAUGACGUGAGCCAGAGCAGCGGCAUCAUCUUUGUGGAGACCACAGACCGUCUUGAGCCUCCUCCGUUGGUUUCAUGUUCUAUAGAAUCUGCUGCCAAGGCCUAUCCGAACAGACCAGUUCGUUUCUUCAUGAAAGGGCUGAAAAAUAACACCACGGUAGAUUCAGUUUCCACUUCCACAGCCUUCGCUCUUCUGUCUGCCAUGGAGAAUGUCUUCCUUCUUCCUCUCGACAUGGAAACUGUUUUCCAGGAUACACCUCUGCUCCCAUGGUAUCAUAAGGUAAAUCCAGCCCAGGAAAGAUACUGGCUGCAUGUCAGUGCUGACGGUAUCAGGCUUGCACUCAUCUGGAAAAACGGUGGGAUCUACAUGGAUACUGAUGUCAUCUCCAUCAGGCCUAUUUCACUGGAAAACUUCCUUACAGCUGAGGAUGUCCGGUUCGCUGGCAAUGCAAUUUUUGGCUUUUCUCACCAUCACAAGUUCAUCUGGGAUUGCAUGGAGGAUUUUGUUCAAAACUACAGAGGAGACAUUUGGGGCCACCAAGGGCCCAGGUUACUGACAAGGAGGCUCAAGGCGUUGUGCCCUGUAACCAGUUUCCGUAACAUGGAAGAUAUAAACUGUCAGAACAUUUCCUACUUACAUCCUCAGCGUUACUACCCCAUCCCCUGUGGAGAAUGGAAUCGGUACUUCCAGGUCUGGGAGAAAAGCCCCGACUUCAACAACUCCUUUUCUCUGCAUGUGUGGAACUUCAUGAACCGGGAACACAAGCGUGUGGUUGCAGGAAGUAACACCUUAAUGGAAAAUCUCUUCAAAACAUACUGUCCUAUCACGUACAGGGCCCUUAUUCAAGGCCCAGAAGGCAGUGGUCCGUAGGUAACAAAACAAGACUGAAUGACGGCAUCUAGCAAAACAAGGUGACUCUUCCAGCCCUCAUGGUCCUGGUCCUAAAAUAAAUUGUUCACUACACAGAUUUCGUCUGAGUCAGUGACUCAGCCUUUUUUCUGUCUGCAGGUGACUUUGUAGGACAGAACCUCUCAGAAUUCACCUCUUCUCCCCAGAUUCCCGAGGGCCUAGUGAAUUUAGUAGGAAAGCAAGGGUGUAAAUACCAUUGGGGAUGACUUGAUAAGUAUGUCUUGUCCUUUAGGGAAUGUUUCCCAUAGCACCUAAGUGAUCUAGGAGACUGAGUCCUAUUGUGAAAAGUCACGUUGGCUUUGGGUUUCAAAGCUCCAUUGAAAAUCAGGCCUUUGGUGCCUACAGAUGCCCGUAACUGCUUUUGAAAAUGACAGUGGUCAUCCGUGCUCCCUUGAGGUGCCUUAAUGCCUUUCAGAAUCGGUCCCUUUACAUAUGUUUGGAAAUUUUACCCAGUCACUUGCUGAGAGUGUCUAUAGCACCUUGUGUGAUGAGCCUGAGUCUUUGCCCUAUUACUGUAAUAUUGAUGUUGUUGAGUAACUGUGAAUACAAUACAACAGAUAGUCUGGUAGCACUUGAAAUACUAAUGGAAG